UUUCGCUUCUUUUACAUCUUUCAUAGCAACAUGGUGCAAGGUCGAAUAUAACUGUGGAUUUUUAUUGUCCUAUCUAGAAUAUUGGGCAUUGGUUUCUUUCUAAGGUCGUGGCUUCAGCGCUUCCUUCUAAACUAUUUUCACCUUACGCUCAUGAGCCUAUGCUUUUUAGAAUUUUCUCAAUUUAUAUAAUUGUGCAAUACAUUUAAUUAUGGAUAAUUCAAUGAAACUUUUACAAGUUCAAGUAUUCUUUCGUCAUGGUGCAAGAACACCUUUAUUUCAUGUUAAAUCACCAAUUUUCCCUGAAGCUAUAUGGUCUCCAGAACUAUCUACAGAUUUACCACAUACAUUAUUUCCUUAUCGUUUAAUUGAUAUAUCUACCCAGAAACAAACUCAAUUAUCAUCUGAUUAUUUAGAUAAAUUAUUUGUAUUACCUGGUGGUAAUAAAGUUGGUGAAUUAACUAAAACUGGUCAACAAGAUGCAUAUAAUUUAGGUAUACGUUUAAAAAACCAAUAUAAAGACAAUUAUAAUUUUAUUUCAUAUCAAUUUCAACCAUCUCAAUUUCAUUUAAGAACUACUUUCAUUGCUAGAACUAUUAAAUCAUUACGUUGUGUUAUGGCUGGUUUAUAUGGUGAUAAUAUAUCAUUAACUGAACCUGUUAAUUUUCAAUGUGAUCAAUUAAAUAAUGAAAUACUUUUUCCAAAUCCACAUACAUGUCAAUUACUUACACAAUUAUUCAAUGAUGGUAUUAUUGCAUGUAAUGAAUCAAAAACAUUUCAAGAAAUGAAACAAAAAUUAAAAAAUAUUUUAGGGGUUGAAAAACUAUUGGAUUGUGUUGAACAACGAUCUACAGAUUAUGAUUGUCCAAUUUAUUUUGUAAGAGAUGAUUAUUUAGCUCGUAAGUAUGCCGGUUUUCCUAUACCAGCUGAAUUGGAAAAAUUAUUACCAGAAAUGCAUAAAUUAUGCUCAGAAGAAUUAUUGCAUGAAUUUCUAGGCAAACAAAAAGAUUGGAAGAAGAAUGUUCAUAUUGUAUUAAGUGACCUAUUUUCACUUAUAUUAGAAAAUAUGAUAAAUUAUGAAAAAGUACCACAAUUUCAUUUAUAUUCAUGUCAUGAUUCAUCAAUUAUGUUAUUAUUAUUUGGUUUAAAUGUAUUCGAUGGUUGUUGGCCACCAUUUGCUGCUGAUAUUAUAUUUGAAUUAUAUACAACAGCAUCAACAUCAUCAUCACCGUCAUCGCCAUCAUCAUCAUCCAAGUUAUCCAUUGUGCAAUCUAACACAUUACAUUCAGAUAAUGAUAAUCUAAAUGAUUUAUGGUUUCGUUUAAUUUAUCUUGGUAAACCAUUAUCAUUAAAAACGUUAUGGGAUUUAUCAUAUUCUAAUCAUAAUCAUGAUCUCGAUCAUCAUCAAUUAUCUGAUUAUACAAUGAUACCAUUCAAAGUAUUAUAUGAAUAUAUUAAUAAAGCUAAACAAUUUUAAUGAAUCUUAAUUAAAAUACAAUAAUAAGUAUGUAUAACUAUUUGUGUUAUUAUUUGUUUAUUGUUUUGUUUUGUUUGUUUGUUUGUUUACUUAUUUUCUUUCUGUUGAUUUUUUAUUGAUUUAUUGAAGAGGAAGAAGAAGAAAAGAACGAAACUAUGUAGAAAUUAAUAAUUGAAUGAUUUUUCUCCUCUUUUUUUUGUUCUUUCUAGUUUUUGUUUUAUCAUGCAUAUGAGAUUUAUUUCCCUAGCAACAAUAUUAUUAUUAUUAUUUGUAUGGAUUUAUAUAUUCGUUUGCUUUUAAUUGAUUUCCUUGUUUGAAUGUAUCAUUUUUAUGUCCUUGAAUAUUUACCAUCAUAUUUGAGUGUAUUAUUCUUGUUUCAAUCACACACACACACUCUCUCCCUCUGUCUGUCCCUAACUCCCUCCCUCCCGUUCAUGAUUAUACUUGUUCGAUUCCCAUCCUAAAUGAAUAACACAUGAAUCCACCAUUAAUGAAUUAAUUGUUUGUUUUUUUUCUUUUAAAAUUUAGAAAAUGUAUUUAAGUAGUAUAAUAAGAUUGAUUUUUGUUUCUUUUUUUAUCAUCCUUUUUUCUUUUUUUUUUUCUUUCUUUCCUUCAUUGAUAUUCAUUCUAUGAUAUGAAAUUAAGUAUUAUAUAUUGUCUAGAAUGAUUUAAUGUGAGGUUAUUGUAAUCACUUUACUACUCAGCUUUAAUACUAACAAGAUGAUUUCAUUGGAUUAUUUAAAAGAAGUAUGAAAGUUCCUAUAGAUGAAUCUAUAGAAAGAUCAUUAUCCAUGAUCUAUGGAUCCUAAAUUCAUACUGAAUUAGAGAUAUAUGUUACCUUAAUGAUAUUUACCUUAUGUUUCAAUAGUUAUUCAUUUGAAUGAUUAGAUUUUGUAUUUUCUAGAGAGAGAAACAGGGAGGAAAGAUUUAUUUAUAUAAAUUACAAGUAUUAUAUUUCUUUAUAA